UGGCUCGGAGUGGUUGUGUGCGUUCCGUCUCGCGAGAACCGUUUGCAGGAUAACACGAGCAAAGAGCGUCAAAACGUUUUCUUCCGUCGACCCGAUCGCAGUUCGCGUGUGCACAGCAGAAGUGCUGACCAGUGGAAAUCUUCAUGCAAAAUUUAGUAAUAUAUCCCGCAAAAAGCAAAACGAACUCAGUAGUGUGCAAAUGAAAAAAAAGUAAAAUAACAAAAGAAAGCUGUAAACAACAAUAGUAGUGUGUGCUAUCAUUAGCGAGGGAGAGAGAGAGAGAGAAAAAAAAAGCAAAAAUACAAACUAAACAGUAUAUAAAACCAAAACCCAUCACAUCAACGUAGAACGUAUCCUAACUAGAGUAUCUAGCUGUACUACUACCACUUCUACUACUACUAGAGCGGUGGUCGUAACCAAAACGGAUAUAUAUAUAUAUUUUAAAAAAUCCCAUUUUCGGAGUACGUAGUGUACUAAAACCCGCUCCGGUUUCGCUUACCAAUAGUAGUGUGUUGUGUGCGAGAAGAAGAGCAAAGAAGAAGGCGACAUCGGCAGCAAAAUCAACACCUGCCGUCGUAGCAACAGCAACAGCACUAGCAGCAGCAGUAACAACAGUAACAACAGCAUCACCAGCAGAGAGCAGAAAAAUGCUGUUUGAAAGUACUAUGUCUGCCAAAAUGUAUCCAUAUAAUGUGCCUCCACCGAUACAGGGCGCGACGGCGGUUCCCGUACAGAACAUAAGAUUGCAUGGAGCCGCUUAUGGUGCCGGAACGCUGGACCCGAACGGACUUCUUGAUACUCAUGAAAUCCACUCUGCUCUGGUGCCAAUCAAACCCACUUUACUUACAACCGGGGCCGCAGUCGUUGCCGCGAGCCAACAGCAACAGAUUAAGCGAGAACAGUCGCAAACAUCACAGCAACAACCGCAAGUGCUCUCACCGCAACAGAGCCAACCGAACCCGGCCCAGCAGCAACAGAUUCAGCAACAGCUCCAGCAACAGCAAGUGCAGCAGCAGCAGGCUCAGCAGCAAGCCCAGCAACAGGCACAGCAGCAAGUGCAGCAGCAACAGCAGGUGCAAGUUCAGCAGCAGCAACAAGUCAAUGGUGCCACCGUUAACGGGUGCUCCAAGGGCGGAAACGCCAGCAAUGGGAGCUCAUCGGGCCGCUCGACACCGAAUAAUGGCAGCGAUCCGGCCCCGGGUAAACUGUUCGUCGGUGGGCUCAGCUGGCAGACGUCGUCUGAGAAGCUGAGCGAAUACUUCGGUAUGUUUGGCACCGUUACUGACGUUCUGAUCAUGAAGGAUCCCGUCACACAGCGAAGCAGAGGCUUUGGUUUCAUCACAUUCCAGGAACCGAACAGCGUCGACAAGGUACUUCAAGUGCCAAUUCACACGCUCGAUGGCAAAAAGAUCGAUCCGAAACACGCAACACCCAAGAAUCGCCCCAAGACACAGUCGAACAAAACGAAGAAAAUCUUCGUGGGCGGCGUUAGCCAGGACACGUCGGCUGAGGAGGUGAAAGCUUACUUCAGCCAGUUCGGCAAGGUGGAAGAGACGGUGAUGCUGAUGGAUCAGCAGACGAAACGCCAUCGUGGUUUUGGAUUCGUAACGUUUGAGAACGAAGAUGUGGUCGAUCGCGUCUGCGAGAUCCACUUCCACACUAUCAAAAACAAGAAGGUAGAGUGCAAGAAGGCACAACCGAAAGAGGCGGUCGCGCCCACUGCCCAGCAGUUGCUGCAGAAGCGCAUCAUCCUUGGCAACCUCGGUGUGCCGAUUGCGGCCGCCGCACCCAACUCGGCGGCUGCUGCGCGUCUUGUCGGCGCCGCCCAAGCCGGAGGAAAUCCUGGACUGGUGAACCCACUCGCCACCAACCAGCUGAUGGUGCAGGCACAGGCUCAGGCCGCUCAGGCGGCAGCCGCAGCCGCCGCCAUGCAAGUACAAAAUGGUUUCGGUAAAGUCUUUACAACAUAUCCACCGACGCUGCAUAGCUUUAGAUAUUCGCCAUAUACCAUUCCAUCGGCCGCUGCCGCCGCCGCGAAUGCAGCCGCCGCCGUCAAUCCCUUGUCAGGAGUGGCAGCCAACCAGGCGGCGCAGGGUCAACCACAGCAGGUGCCACAUCCGACAUCGGUGGCCGGUGCCACGGUCGGUACUCAGGCGGCACCUCAACAGACGAACCAGCAGGCAGCCGCAGCGGCACAAAUGGCCGCCGCCGGACUUACCAACCCCUACCAGGGCUACAGCCUGGCCAAUGUCGAUAUGUCGAGCUUCCAGGGCGUCGACUGGGGUUCGCUGUACGGCAUGGGAAUAUUGUAUCCUGAAAAUCACUGUUGAGAUAUUCAACAACUGCUGAUCG